CUCCCGCUACUACGUCAUCUCCUGGCGACACCCACCAAGUAACUUCGCGCCAAGGAUUUUGUGGAUUUGCUUACUGACUUGACAACUAAUCUGACACCGAGGAGCGAGAAAACACACCGCACCGACUAUGGACAUAAGGCGGUUCUUUGCACCAACAACAACAACAAAGUCAUCGGUGCAGAAACCAGCCUCAAAUGGAAGCAUCAGCCCGGAGGAAAACAGCAAGAAGAAGAAGUCUGUCACCUCAGAGGAUGAUGCCAAGAAGAAGAAGAAAGCGUCUCCCAAGGUCACAAGCCCCAAAACAGAGAAGCAGAAGGAUGGCGAGAAGAAACGCAAGAAACGUGCUGUGAUAGAAUCUGACUCAGACGAGGAGCCGGAAAGAAAGCCAAAGAAAUCCCCGAAAGGAAAACAGAAGACCAGCAAGGCAGAGCCUCCUCCCAAAAAGGAUCCUGUGCAGUACGUGUCUGAAACAGACUCAGACAGCGACAACUUCGUGUCCCUGAAGAAAACCAAGCCCAAGGAGAAUGGUGUUACCAAGGCAACAAAAGCAGACGUAGAGAAGAGUCGCCCGGGGGUGAAGGAGGCGAUGAAGUCUCCUGUGAAGCCUUCCUCGACCCAGGGGACGAAGGGGGUGAAGUCUCCCCCUGUGCCUGUGACCCCCAAGUCUGCCCCGCCUCCUCAGCCCAAACACACCCCCACCUCAGUGCUCGACUACUUCGGCAGCGCGAGUGUUCAGCGCUCGGAGAAAAAGCUGGUGGCCAGCACCAAACGGAAGGCUCCAACUCAGGACCCUAAUGACGCGGUGAAUGACGAGCUAAUCGCCAAGCAGCUGCAGAUGGAUGAGGAUAUGGAGCUGGAGAAGCAGAUCCAUGAGGAUGAGGAGUUUGCCAGGACGCUGGCCAUGCUGGACGAAGAGCCUCAUGCCAAGAAGGCUCGUAAGGACUCUGACCAGAAGCAAGCACUAACCACAUUUCCCAAAAAGAGCAGCACAAGCUCCGCUGCAGGCAGCAAAAGCAGCCCGUCAAAGACCAACGGGGAGGACAGCAAAACAGAGGACAUCAUCAGUCCGUCUCCUAAGAAGAACCCCGCCCCCGUGAAAACCAGCUCCAAACUGGCCCAGAUGAAGAGGAAGGACGAGACAGAGCAAGGUGUGAAGAAAGAGGAGAGGAGCAAAGCACCCGUUUCACCCGCAAAAAGUAAAAUCUCCCCCAAGAAGGAGCCGCUCACUCCCUCAAGCACGGAGAUGAAGUUCACUCCCAAAACAGGAAGUCACAUCGCAGGAACCACACCCACUGCGCUCAAAACGUCCCCCAAGAAACCAGGGAGCACGAGCACCAGCCCCGACGAGGCCGAGAAAAAGAGAGCCAACACUUCAGCGUACAGAAACUACCUCAACAGAGAUGGACCACGAGCUCUGGGCUCCAAGGAAAUACCCAAGGGAGAGGAAAACUGUUUGGAGGGCUGUGUGUUUGUGCUGACGGGUGUGCUGGAGUCCAUGGAGAGGGAUGAUGCCAAGUCCCUGAUCGAGCGCUAUGGAGGGAAGGUGACGGGCAACGUGAGCAAGAGGACGACCUACCUGGUGCUGGGCAGAGACAGUGGAGCCUCCAAGACUGAGAAGGCGGAGAGUUUUGGCACCAAGAUCCUGGAUGAGGAUGGCCUGUUUGAGCUGAUUAGGACCAAACCAGGAAAGAAGUCCAAGUAUGAGAUUGCUGCUGAAGCUGAGGCAUCUAAGAGUAGGACUCCCACCAGCCAGCCUUCAAAGAGCAGCCCCAAAUCCCAGAAAAUCUCACCCUCUAAAGGUAACUCCAGGUCACCUCACACACCCAGUCCAUCCAAGACGGGCCUGGUCCAGGGCCGAGCCGCCAGGGCCUCAGGGAGCGCCACCCCGCCCGGGAGAGGCUCGGCUCCUGAGGCCCGACGGGGGCUGGGCUUCUCUUCCUCCUCCUCUCCUUCCACCCCGACCCCGUCCUCUCCAUCUCUGAGCGGAGAGGGUGCCAGUCUGCUGUGGGUGGACAAGUACCGCCCUCGCACUCUGAAGGCUGUGAUUGGCCAGCAGGGAGACCAGAGCUGUGCCAAUAAGCUUCUCCGCUGGCUGCAGAACUGGCACAAGCACCACAGCGGGGGAGCCGCCAAACCACCAGCAGCAAAAUUUGGCAAGUUUGGAGGGAAAGAUGAUGGAUCAUCAUUUAAGGCCGCCCUUCUCUCCGGACCCCCGGGAGUGGGGAAGACUACCACAGCUGCUCUGGUUUGUGAGGAGUUGGGCUACAGCUACGUGGAGAUGAAUGCCAGCUGCACCCGCAGUAAGAACAGCCUGAAGGAGGUGAUCGCUGAAUCACUCAACAACACGAGCAUUAAGAACUUCUACACUGGUACAUCUGAAACAGUGAGCAAUAAACACGUCCUGAUCAUGGACGAGGUGGAUGGUAUGGCUGGCAACGAGGAUCGCGGUGGGAUACAGGAGAUGAUAGGCCUGAUCAAACAGUCCAAGAUCCCCAUCAUCUGCAUGUGCAACGAUCGUAACCACCAGAAGAUCAGAUCACUGGCCAACUACUGCUUCGACCUGCGCUUCCAGAGGCCCCGAGUGGAGCAGAUCAAGGGAGCCAUGAUGUCCAUAGCCUUCAAGGAGGGACUUAAGCUUCCACCCUCAGCCCUCAACGAAAUAAUCCUAGCCUCCAAUCAGGAUGUCCGACAGGUGCUCCACAACCUCAGCAUGUGGUCGGCCAAGGACAAGGUGAUGACAUACGACCAGUGCAAGUCCGACGCUGCCAAAGCCCGCAAGGACAUGAAGCUGGGGCCUUUCGACGUCUGCAGGAAGGUCUUCGCCUUGGGGGAGGAGACGUCCCACAUGAGCCUCAUCGACAAGUCCGACCUCUUCUUCCACGACUACUCACUAGCGCCGCUGUUUGUCCAAGAGAACUACCCGCACGUACGACCAGCAGCUGCUGGUGGAAAUCUCAAGUCCCAUCUGGUGCUCCUCAGUAAGACAGCCGACUCAAUCUGUGACGGAGACUUGGUGGACAGACAGAUCCGCUCCAAACAGACCUGGUCACUGCUGCCAACUCAGGCCAUCUAUGCCAGUGUGCUACCUGGGGAGCUGAUGCGAGGCUAUAUGAGCCAGUUCCCCACCUUCCCCAGCUGGCUGGGCAAGUACUCGUCCACCAAUAAACAUUCCCGUAUCGUCCAGGAGCUGGCGUCACACAUGAGUUUGAAGACACUGAGCAGCAAACAGGCAGUGAACCUGGACUACAUUCCCUACCUGCGGGGGGCGCUGCUGAGCCCACUUCAGAAGCAGGGAGCAGACGGCGCCGGCCAGGCCGUGCAGCUGCUGGACGACUACCAGCUCAUCAAGGAGGAUGUGGACAACAUCAUGGAGAUCAGCGUGUGGGGCGGACAGCCCGACCCCUACUCCAGACUGGACCCCAAGGUGAAGGCAGCUUUCACACGGACAUACAACCGCGAGGUCCACAUGACGCCCUACUCCAUACAGGCGGUCAAGAAGGGCCGCCGUGGGGGCGGGGCCGAGUUUGACCUGGCAGGGGAGGAGAUGGACACUCAGGAGGCCGAGGAAGAGGAGGAGGAAGGUGUCUCCACCGACGCCAUGAUCAAACAGAAGAAGGCCAAAGCCACCAAGGAGUCCAAGACAGUGAAGGCAGAGGAUUCUGGCAAGGGCAAAGGCAAAGGCAAGGGCAAAGGCAAGGGCAAAGGCAAGGAUAAGAAAUGAGCUCCGACCGGGAGAGGAAAACACCCAGUCUCUGUCUGCCCCUCCAUACACACUCUGAAAAUUGUGUCUGCACUUCCUCUUGAGGCUUGCAUUGCUUCUGUCAUGAGCCUUGCAGUUCAGACUGGAGAAACUGGAGUCUUAAACGGCACCCGCCCACAAACAGCCGUCUGUCCCGUUUGUGCUUCCUGUAGCGGCUCCACACCAAGCAAAUGAUGAUCAUGUCUGCUCCUCUGUAACGCCGUGUGCCUCUGCGGGGAUGUCGCCUGUUUUCUGUGGUCCAAGUGUUAAGCCUGUAAAUAAUGUAACUGUAGUGUGAAGGACUGUUACCUUUUUUUUCCUACUAAUACAGUGUAACUUCAUACAACAAUACUACUUUGGCUUUCUAAAGUGAACACUUUGAUGAGCAGUUAACCGGGGAACAUUUCCUUCUUGUACAUGGAAAUUCUGUAAAAAAAAAAAAAAAAAUUAGGAUUAAUAGAGAAAUGUCGA